AUGUGCACCAGCAACCAGAUUAUUGGGAGCCUCUUGGUGCUCUCUGUGCUGGAGAUAGGGCUUGGGGUGUCCAGCGUGGCUGUGGGGGCAGUCAGCUUCAGCCUGGCCCUCCGAGAGCACACACCGCAGCUCGGAGACUCGUCCCCGGUAUGGAGCGGGGUGUGUUUUCUUCUUUGUGGCAUAUGUGGAAUACUGUGUGCCAAAAAAAAAUCUGGACUUGUUAUGAUCCUCUUUUCAGCCUGUUGUAUCUGUGGACUCAUUGGAGGCAUCCUGAAUUUUCAGUUUCUUCGGGCAGUCACAAAGAAGACCUCAUCCGUGUACCCACUGCACCUCGCUUCCAUGUCUUUGGCAUGUAUUGGCAUUGGGGGCUGCACUCUGUCCUCCUGGCUAACUUGUCGUCUAGCCAGCUAUGAGCAAAGGAGAAUGUUCUCGGAAAGGGAACACUCCCUGCAUCACUCUCAUGAAAUGGCUGAGAAAGAAAUGACAGACAACAUGAGCAAUGGAGGACCACAGCUGAUAAUUAAUGGAAGAGUACAAUCAAUGUUUUAA